ACAUCCUAAUAAAAGUGAAGCAUUAUGUCAGCAAAGUUGCAAGUGCACUUUUGGAGAAGAAAUUGAUAAGUGGUGACAGUGAAGGCAUAUGUGGUUGCGGCCGGGCGUUUGUGCUGAGCUUCGUCUGCAAGGCAUGGGGUGGACGAAGAGGCGCUGCAGCGAGUUGGCAGCAGCUUGGUUUGCCCCCCGAACACAGCAUGGCCAUCUUUGUCGAGUGGUUACCGCGACCAUGUGCAAAGCAUCAACUGGGCCCACACUCCCAGAGCAAAGCACACUGGCGAUUGAGCCGUCUGUGCAGCACGUGCAGUGCGAGUGAUGUUGCGUGGAGUGCAGUGUUUUCCUAAGGAAUCGAGUCCAGAAAUGCAUCCAGAGGUAAAGCUGUCCUUAGAUGUACGUGAAACACUGUGGCUGAAUAAGUCAGUGAAUCACAGACUGGUUCUCUCCGCAGAGCAGUUAACUAUGCUCAUCUCAGAUUGGAAAGAGAAUUUCUAGCCAAAGGAACUCUUUGCAAUAAGAAACUUCUCUUGUCUCUUCAAUAUUCAGAAUUAGAUCUUGAAGAGAUUGCAUUCAGAUGCAAUUAAAUGAGUCCGCUUUUAGCACAAGUGAUUUAACUCAGUGGAGUUAAUCAACUAGGUUGAUUUCAUUGUUCAGCCAAGUGGCAUUUCUGUGUCCUAUCUUACAUAGUGGCACUGCGACUAGCUAACCCUCUCUAUCGUGACAGGCCUAGUGCGGCAUUGCCCACUCAGCGUAGAUUUAGGCAUUGAAUGCUCUUGCUGGAACAUUAAAUAUGGAAAAUGAAGCUUGCAUCAUUCUGAGCUUUAAAGUCGGUUCAGUAUAUUCGAAGAAUGAACCUUUUUUCUGUGAUUUAUUCUAAUAUUCAAGAUACAAUUAAAAUAGAUAUUAGAAAUAUAUUUGUAUAGCUACAUGGUAUGACUCCGCAAAUGGAAGUGCUUGCCGUCAGUACUGAAGUUCUCAUUGUUACUAGUAAAUUGUUCUAAUGCCUAAUAAUGGGAAUAAUGGCUGGUAUGAAUCUGUAAAAGAUAUUUGAGAAUAUAUUCUUGAUAAAGAACUUUGUGAAAGUUCUUUAACUUCGACAAAGGAAUCCUUGAAAAGAAAUUGACGAAUGUAAAUUACAUUUUGUCCUAAUAUUUUGUGUAAGUUUUGCUUGCCAAUUGAAGAUGAUGCCUCACAAUUAGUUGUAUUUGUGCCACUUUCUACUUAAUAUAACUAAUGUAUGUUUAAUGCAACACCACGUAGAUAGCGUUGGUUUAAUGCUGAAGAAGUAAAAGGUAAAGAGGAGGCAUUUGAGGGUAACGGCUUGUGGUUGCAGCAUAAAUUAAUACGAGCCUUAGAAAUGAAAAAAAUUGACGAUGGAUGAGGAAAUAUACAGAUUCUAAUUGUCAUUCAUCCUUCCUUUUUUUGAAAUUGGAACUCCUGAUUUUGAAAGUUAAACAAAUAAUUCAAUGAAUUGGGCAAUUUCCAAAUUCAUAUUAUUCACUUUUCGGGAAAAAGUUUUAUACGUCUCAAGUCGUUUGGGUUUAUUUUGGGUGUCUGAAUGAACAGUAUUAUAUCUAACAUUCUAAUUGCUCAUGCUUCUGCAAUUAGAACUUUGGUGAAAGAAAUACCCCACUUAUACCUAUUGGAUGCCAUGUUACCAAAUGUAUGAAAACGCUUGACGCUGAGGCUAAUUUUAUCACAGAAAUAUUUAUAAAGAAACUUUUAUAAAACAUUAACUUUUACACUGACAUAUGUUCCUUAUAAAAGAUCUUUGACAAAGAUUUAUUACAGUGUAAUACCCCCCCGAUGCAUUAAUUAUCUAGGCUGAACACACAUGGAUUUCCUACUUCAUAAUCAAAUGUACCCAUGAUAUUCUGAAUGAAAAGGAGAGAUAUUUUAAGUUCUGUUAAGUACAUGUUUAGUAGCCAACCCAGACAUUUUCCAAAUCGAGAGGAAAAUAGCUCUUUUUAUAUUGUAUAAAUUUUUGCUUGUAUUAUUAUAAAUUUUUGGUGAUAUAAAAAUGAAAUAUAAAUUUUAGAAAGUUCUGUUGUAAAAAAUGUUGUUUAACUGUGGUAGCUUCCUGGUAGCUCUUCCUACUCAGAAUGUCGUUGCAUCGCAAGAGAAGGAAAUGGCCCUUUCUUCCGCCAGGCGGUGUUAGAAAAGUUUCGAAGAACAAAAAACUUAAAAAUUGCUUUUUGGGAUUUCCAGUGGGGGAACGAGGGACAUGUGGUGAACAUAAAUGAAUGUGUGAAGAAAUGGCGGCAAAGGCGGGUUUGUAAAUUAAGGUCACGUAUGCUGUCAC